UUCAGUGGUUGAAUGCGUCAACUUUAAAAGGAAUUCGCUUCGUCUCCGACGUUUAGAACGAUAAAAAUCAAAUCGGAUUACCAAUCGUCUGAAGGGGGGAACCAUGGGUGGCUUUUACCCCUUCAACGAUUCCACUCUCAGCCUGGUCCUUUCUGCUGCCACUCUCAUCUUCAUCUUCGUCCUCCCCACAGCACGGGCAGCAUCAAGCUCCCUGCUUUCCCCCGGUAAAUCUCUCCCUGAUGGCGCCACUCUUGUUUCCCCCGGUGACAUAUUCGAGCUCGGAUUCUUCAGCCCCGGCAACUCCACCAAACGUUACGUAGGCAUUUGGUACCGGGACUUCUCCACCUCCACCGUACUAUGGGUUGCCAAUCGCGACUCCCCAGUUCUCGACAAUUCUGGCUCCCUCGCCAUCGCCGAUGACGGAAACCUCGUCAUCCUUGACGGCCUUGAGGACGUCGUCUGGUCAUCAAAAGUUGCCUCCUUUCCGUCGAAUGAAUCGGCGGCGGAGCUUUUAGACAACGGCAAUCUUAUGCUCAACAGCAGCGGUUCCAUCAUGUGGCAGAGCUUCGACCAUCCCACUGACACCUACCUCCCCGGCAUGAAGGUCGGCCUCGAUCUCAUCACCAACGUGAACCAGUUCUUCACCUCCUGGCGCAGCUUGGAUGACCCGGCAACGGGGAACUUCUCCAUGGGCAUCGCGCCGGAUCAGUCAACGCAAAUCUUUAUAUGGGAAGGAAGCAAACCGAGGUGGCGUUCCGGUCGGUGGGACGGGCAGGUGUUCAUAGGAAUACAGAACAUGGUGCCUACAUACAUCUACGGCUUCAAACUCAGCAACUUCGAGCAGGAGAAGAAGAUGUAUUUCUACUACACUCAAUUCAACAGCUCUCACCGCUACAUUCUCAAUCCGGAUGGCAUCGAACGCCAUCUGGUGUGGGCAAAUGACACCAAAAACUGGCAUCAGUUCUGGGCGCAGCCGAUUACCCAAUGCGAGAUUUACAAUCGGUGCGGAAACAACGCGUCCUGCACGGACAGUGCCGAUGGCAACUCGCCGACCUGUAACUGUUUGAAAGGUUUCGAGUUGAAAAGUGAGAACUCGUCCGAUGGGUGCGUGAGGAGGACGCCGCUGCUGUGUGAGAGGAACAAUGGCAGCGCUGCCAGCGCCGGCGGUAAACCGGACGGGUUCUAUUUGAUGCAAGGGGUGAAACUGCCGGAUUUGUCCCAGUGGUUGGGACCUUCAAUCGAUAGCGAGUGCGAGGAAGCUUGUUUGAUGAAUUGCUCCUGUAAAGCUUACAGCUUUGUAACAGGGAUCGGUUGUUUAAUGUGGGGAAGAGACUUGGUCGACAUCCACUUAUUCUCCAGCGGUGGGAAUGAUUUCUAUCUUCGACUCGCCGGUUCCGAAUUUGAUGAUAAUAAGAAGGGAUUAGAAGCGUAUGUCAUUGUGAUCAUUUUGCUGUCGGCCGUGGCGUUAAUGGUGGGCGGAAUUUUUUUGAUUUGGAUGUAUAAAAGUAGAAUGGAAGAGUUCUAUAGAAGAGUGAUAAAACGUCAGGAAAGUCUGGUGGAUGGAAGAAGAUCAGGAGGAGGUGGAGAUCCAUCGACGGACUUUUCUGCUGUGAUUGAUAUGCAUGAACAGGGGAAAGGUGGACGAGAUGUUUCUUUAUUCAGUUUUGAGACUAUAGAAGAAGCAACACAAAGCUUUUCUUCAUCGAAUUUGCUUGGAGAAGGUGGAUUUGGUCCUGUUUACAAGGGCAUGUUACCUGGCGGGCAAGAAAUAGCUGUAAAAAGGCUUUCAAAGAGUUCCGGCCAAGGAAUGGAAGAAUUUAAAAAUGAGGUUAUACUAAUCGCUAAACUGCAGCACAGAAAUCUAGUCAGGCUUUUAGGCUAUUGCAUGAGAUGGGACGACAAGAUGCUCGUCUACGAAUACAUGCCUAACAGAAGCUUGGAUGCUUGCUUAUUCACAGACGCGAGCAGGAAACUUUCUCUGGACUGGAACACAAGAUACAGCAUCAUCGAAGGCGUUGCUCGAGGACUCCUCUACCUCCAUCGUGACUCGAGAUUACGAGUCAUACAUCGCGAUCUAAAAGCGAGCAACAUCUUGCUUGAUGAACAAAUGAAUCCAAAAAUAUCAGACUUUGGCAUGGCAAGGAUCUUUGGUAACGAUGGAAAUGAAACCAGCACGAAGCGGGUGGUCGGAACAUAUGGUUACAUGUCGCCAGAGUAUGCAAUGCAAGGCUUGUUCUCAGUAAAAUCUGAUGUCUACAGCUUUGGAGUUCUACUCAUAGAGAUUGUGAGUGGGAAGAGGAACAGCACAUACUACAACUCUGAACUGUCGCUUAACCUCUUAGGAUACGCUUGGAAGCUAUGGAAUGAAGACAACGUGAUGGAGUUGGUGGAUUCAUCUAUAAGGAGUUCCUGCUCGGUGAGGGAGGUUUCCAGAUGUGUGAAUGUGGGGCUUUUAUGUAUUCAGGAUCGAGCGAAUGAUAGGCCAACGAUGUCGUCUGUGAUUGUUAUGUUAGAGGGUGAGAAUUGUGCUCAUCCGAUGCCACGACAGCCUAAGUUUGCAGCAGAUAUUAGUCAAAGUGAGACGGACUCAUCUACCUUGGAUCAGAAGAUUGCUUCUGCAGAUAAUUCCAUUACAAUGUUAACUGGGAGGUGAUGGAUUUAUUUUUGUUGAGAAUGGAGUAUAUAGAAGCAAGAGGUUUUUUAACCCUUUAAUAUGAGCCAAAGAUGAGAAGUUCUGGUUCAGAAAGGAAGCAGAGACGAGGGAAAUUGUUGCAGUGCUAACCCAUAAAAAGGUCAUCCUAUAUAAUACAUAUCUAACACCUAAACUUUACUUUUAACAUUUAUAACAUCCAAAUUAUUUAUAUCACAUUAA